CCUGAGGUUGUCCAGAGCCCUUUGCCCAGCACUGUAGUUCUAUUUAAAUAAAGCGUAGUCUAGAUUUUUAUUAUUAUUUUUAUUCUUUAAUAGUAAAAGUUGAUUUUUGGAGUAUUACAAACUGAAAGUACCGUUAAUAGCCUUUGGUGUGAGAGGCGUUAUCGGUUCUAUUUGUAGCGAGCUAGCUUUGCGGUUGGCAGCUGCGGUUUGCUGUCAUAUUUAUUCGGAGAGUCGUUUUGGAAUAUGGCCCAGCAUGGACACCAUGUAGCCAGUUCUCAAAAAGCACUCAUGUUGGAGAUGAAAAGUCUUCAAGAUGAGCCCGUCGAAGGAUUUAAAAUAACUUUAGUGGACGAGUCGGACAUGUACAACUGGGAAGUAGCGAUAUUCGGACCCCCAAACACACACUACGAGGGUGGAUAUUUUAAGGCUCGGAUUAAGUUCCCCAUCGACUACCCUUACUCUCCACCUGCUUUCCGCUUCCUCACCAAAAUGUGGCAUCCGAACAUUUAUGAGAACGGAGAUGUGUGCAUCUCUAUUCUGCACCCACCAGUGGAUGACCCACAGAGUGGAGAGCUGCCUUCAGAGAGGUGGAACCCAACGCAGAACGUCAGGACUAUCCUGCUCAGUGUCAUCUCUCUGUUAAACGAGCCUAACACUUUUUCACCAGCCAACGUGGAUGCAUCUGUCAUGUACCGCAAGUGGAGGGACAGUAAGGGGAAGGACAAAGAAUACAUUGAGAUCAUCAGGAAACAGGUUUUGGCUACCAAAGCUGAGGCGGAGCGAGAUGGAGUCAAGGUUCCCGUAACGCUGGAUGAGUACUGCGUUCGUACACGUGUCCCCCCGACAGACGACGGCGCCAAGCUUUUAUAUGAUGAUUACUAUGACGACGAGGACCUGGAGGAUGACGACGAGGAUGACAGUGAGGACUGUUGCUAUGACAAGGAUGACUCAGGCAAUGAGGACUCCUGACCUUGUGUCCCCAUAAUGCCACGCCCCUCGCCCCUGACCAGUCCUCACCUCUAUCCCCUCUUACUGUCCUGUCCUGGAAUAAACUUUAAUUCCCUGCCCUCUCCUUGAAUUUUUUCAACCACCAUCAUCCUCUCUGAGCACAGGGCUGGCUGCGCACCUUCUGCCACAUGUGCAGUCAUAGUGUGUGCACAGAAACUUGAUACUUUUUUUAAAAAAGAAAGCUUGUAAAUUUUUGUUUUCUUUUUGUGUGUGUGAAUGGAGGUUACACACAUGAUGCAAACUAACUUUCAUUAUUAAAUUAUUGCAUUUAGAAAGUCAAGACAAUGAGAUUUCAUUUCUUUGUGUUGGGGAUGUUCCAAUCAGAUCUCAAAGAUCAGUAUCAAGUCUGCGUAUGGCGUAUUUUGAUUGAUCUCUUUCAGAAGCGACCUGCCCACUCUGCUAUUUUAGUGCUCACUUACUCACCAGCAGUGUGGUGGUGGUGCGUUUCAAAAAUAUGUUCACUCUCUGAUUUGCCUGAAGUGCGCACAAAGUCUGUUUUUGACAGGUGCCACUUCACUUUUUGUAGUUUCCGUGUGAAUUUUUCUUUAUGCAGUUAACGUCUUCUUCUGUAGAGUUUAUUGGUCAUUGGAAACCUAUUAGCUCAAGAGUGGCAAGAGUGUGUGCUACUACCGCCUUCUCUUCUGUUUUAUUUCAACCUUUCACUUGCGACAAAAAAUAUUUUUAAUGGGUCCAGUAUUUUGUUUCAACACCAAGAAUGAGCUGUGCAUAAGUUGUUGUCAUUUAUGGACUCAGCGGAGAGCUUCGGUGCCAGGGGAGAAAAAAACCUAAGGCAAGUAGCUGCCUGCAUAAUCAGUAGUUUUAAAAAGUUUCUUCACAUGUACGGAGGUAAACGUACACACGUGUAACUCUGCUGGGAUCCGUUUCAUGCUUCCCAACAUGUCAAAUGACAUUUUAUCCUAUUCAGUGGUGACAAGAAGUGCUUUACCGUUUUGUUUUUAGCUUACAUUGUAUAGCUGAUAGGUUUUAAUAGUAUUUAAAUGUUAAAACCCAUUUAAAAUAGUUUUUGAUCCCAUGUGAAAAGUUAAACCAAAAAAACACCUAAAACAAGCUCCAGGGUGCAAAAUCCCCAAGUUCACCUUUAAUGCUUUGCAGAGCUUCUCAUUUGGGUUGACUUUAGUGUACUUGAAGUGUACCAUGUAUACAUACAUGUAGAUCAUCUCUGGAAAAUGCAAGUAUCAGAUUGGGACUAUGCAUUGGCAGAUCAUUCAUAUCUUAAAUGACUCAAUUGGGACUGGGGGUGGGGAGAACUUGAUCGGGACAUCCCUAACUUCUGCUUGAUUGGGCUGGUGAUGAAGAACUGGUUUACAUUAUUUUUGUAUUGCGUUUCUUUGAGCCAGUUAUGCUGAGGAAUGACUGUUCUAUUCACAAAGGAGGUUUGUAAAGCUCGUUUAGGAAACGUGGUGUUUGCUGCAAUCCUGUAAGAUGAGUCACUUCUGUCACUGAGCCAUGUGUGUGACCUCUGAUUAGCAGGCGGUUUGAAGCCCUCCCGCGCUUCACCUUUGACUUUUUGAUCCUCAGGGCUUGUGCUGCGCCAAACAGGGAAAUUAUACAUUUCAGCAAAAGAACUCAUCACUCCCUUGCCCCUUUCCUUGCAUCUUUUCAAAAGCCGAGUGGCAUGAGUAAGCGACAAUAAGCACAGGAGCCUUAAACCUGUAAUGCAAACUGUUGUCAGACAGAAAAAGGGGAAUCGCCCUGUGAUCACAGAUAGAGAGAGAGAAAGAUUUGGGCUCACAAGGUCUCAGGUGCACAUUCUGUGUUCAUGGCACCUUCCCCACUGCAAUAGUUUUGAAGUUAUUUAUAGCAGCACCUGUCAGAUUUGAACACUGUGAAUGAGGUAAGAUAGAACAGCUGAACUGAACAAUGGAAACAUCGCGCCGCACAGCUUAAAUCAUACAAGCACAUGUAGUUUAGGCUACCGCACAGCAAAUCUCAUGUACUGUAUUUACAAAAAGCUAUGCAGACAGUGCUCCAACAUGUUUAACACUCAGUGCUUUAAAUGUGGCGGUAAAGCUGAGCCUGAGAACUUCAACUCAAGCUUGAACGCCACAAGCCAAACUUGCCUGACAACUCCGAGCUCCAGCUCAACUUUUACAAGACCCAACCCAUGUGUAUGUGUGAGAGCUCUGGGCCGACUCUCUUUGUAUGUGUGGGUUGCGUCUUUUUUUGUACUUGCUGGUGGAUUGCUGUUAUUCUAAACCAGAGGAGCAAAAGUCUUCAGGUGAGGCAACAGAUAUGCACUCAUCUGUGUAGUGUGCAUCCCCUAGUGGCAGUUGUGUGUACAAACAGUUUGUUUUCUUCUGUAUACUCAAUCAUCAGUGAGUGGCCCCGGAAUGAGCAGGUUUAGAAAAUGAAUUGAUGUAAGCAGUGAAACAAUUAUAGUACUUCUAAGAUGCAAGAUAUUUAUUCAAUGCCCUUAAGGGGACUGCUGCCUGCUGGUCAGUGUUGGCCUGUUCUCGGGAACUAUCCCUAUAAGGGUACUCCAUCUCUGCUUUUCACACAGCUGUACAAGAACAUCUGAAAUACCUGACUAGUCGAUGAGAAGAAAAUUAGUCAUCCCAACCCUCAUAAGAAUACGGCAAAUUUAUUUAACUCCGUCUGAGUACAACUGACUACUGAGGUAGUGGUUACCAUAUGAACGCUGGGUGAGUGUAAAAUUAUCAUACUGUACUUUCCAGAGUAUGUCUUUUUUACUAGUUUGGGAGGUCCUAUGAUCUAUACUCGAAUUAUGUGAAUUAUAUACCCAAAAAUCACACAUUUGUUAUUAAUAAGAAGAAUUCUCUAUAUAGAAUUCUAAUAUCUAUUUAUAUGGGAUUUCCCAGGAAUUAAAUCUUGUACAAAAUAAACUCCAAUAAGAAAAAAGAAUAAAUAAAAAAAUACACUAUAACAAUGCACAAAAAUCCAAAAUUAAAGAGCUAACAAUAAAGAAAUUUGUGUGACUUAUACUUUGGAAAAUACAGAGGUUGAAAGGGUUGUUGAGAAACAUUGCAUUAACAUUGAUGUUACUGGCUUACUCUUACCGUGUUUCUGAGCCACAUGUCUUUGGACCAAUGGGAGAAUGUCAAAGUCUUUCCACUGAGACCUUGGACACUCCACACAGAGCUGACACAGAUGGGGUUUGAACAGUCUACUGAUUAUGGUAACUGAUUCAAUUCUCUGCAAGUGUGACUUUAAUAAUGUCUUCAUCAAUGAGUCAGAGGUGAAAAAAAAAAAGUUCCUUAAUAGCAUGGCCUUCUCAACCUCCACCUCAUUAUGAUAUAAUCUGUCAUCAUCCCACUGUUGCAAAUGACCUGUAUAUAUGUUUUAGUUGCAGGUUUUAAUUUUGUUUUUGCAAUUGUAUGUUCUGUCAAAUAUGAGUUGUGGCUUCUGUUUUGUUAUGCCAGAAUGGCCAUAGCACAUGGUCACCCACCAAGUCCUGUCUGCUUGAGGUUUCUUUCUCUAAUCAAAAACUGCUUUUUUCUUAACACUGCUGCCAGUGCAUGUGGUCAUAGGGGUGGGUAGACCUUACUUGUGCAUAGCACCUUGAGGUAACUUCUGUUCUAAUUUGGUGUUGUAUAAAUGAAUUGCAUUGAAUUGCUCCAGCAGUAGUGUUGUUGUCUCAUAAUCUGUAUAUUGAAGGUUCAAAGCUCACUUGUGGAGUGUCCAUGGUCUCAGUAGCAACAUUCUGGCUUCUGACCAUAGUCUGAAGACAUGUGACUUAGAUACAGUCUUAAUAUUUUACACUGUAAGAGUGAGCCAGGUAACAGUAUUUUAGGUUUUAAUGUGGGAAUCAGUAGUUCAGUGUUAAUUUAACUCUUGAGGAUGUGAAAUUUACAAUUUCACAUUUGCAUUUAACCAGGAGUACUAUGUUCCACAGUACAAAUCUAUUAUCACCAUUCAGCAGUAUUUGUGAUGAAAUUUCCUUCACUGAGAUCACCUUUUGUUUCUGUUGUGUAUAAAUAUUCACAAUUAUUUUGGGAUGUCCUCGAAGUGUUGGGAAGGGACGAGGAGGCGCUUGAUCUUUGAACUUGUGAUGAACACGAGUGUUGUUCUUCACUAGCAUGCAGUUAUGAUGUGUUUGUGGUCUUAGGUCUGCUAUACCGGUUGGGGUUGUGUUAAGGGGAAAAAGUUCCUAAAUUUAUACUUGAUUUUAUUUAAAGCUGUUACCUUGUGAAUGGGCUGAAGGUUUUUGUUUUUGUGUUGCUUUUCCUGUUUUGUCCUUUGUUUCCCAAAUGUGGCUUCUGCCACAAAUGUUUUGUGUCUUAUACGUACUAAGUGCUAAGAAUAUUGGCCUGAUUGUUAAAAACACAAGAAUGUUUGUGGAGGGGGAAACAAAUGUACCACGUUUAUCUUAACACAGAUAUCAGAGUUGAGAAAAGUUGUACAGAACUAAACUGGCACACACGGCCUGAUGAUUUCAAGCUCUCUAUCUACCACUGAAUACUAGGGUUAGGGUUAGGCCAAACACACGUUGUCACUAACAGACCGAUGCCCAUUUAAUGGCCUGUGAGUGACACUCCCCUUCUGUUUGGACAUUUGUGUGAGUGCAGUUUUUGUUUUUUAUCAAACUGUUCAUUUGAUUGUCGUCUUCACACUCCUGUGCACUUAUCUGAGUUCUGAUUGGUGACGGCAACACGGAGGCUGGUUACAAAAAAUGUGAGCAGCUCAGUUAAAACUAAUCCUUUUUUAGCUGAGUCAAUUUGACCCAAAUAAGUUAGAAUUUUUUGCUUCAGAGACUGUUUACAAUCUUUACCUUGAUAUAUGCACAUGUGGAUAGCUUGAUGAUCAUUUGAUGUCUGUGUGUGUCCCCGCCAUGGUUUAUAUUUCUUUUUUCUUAUGGUUUGUAAAUCUAUUUAAAAGCUGAAAAUAAAGAUCUUUACAAGA